CAACAAUUUGCGACAGACACCAAAUACAGUCGCAACAUGUACACUAAUAAGGACCAAAUUUUAUACGGUCGCAAAUGAUUACUUUUCUGGGACCAUUAUAAUGUCCUUUCGCAAAACUUUUUAACUUCCCGUCGCUAAAAUUUGAGUUUUUGUGAGUAGCGCCAAUCUAAAAAAAUUGCCGCCCAACUCACGGAGUAUAUUUUUCAUUUUUUUGUUUUCGCCUUUUACCGAAAAAUAUGUAACUUAACCCUAGAGCCGCACAUAACCUUUCAUUUGCCAUGGAAGAAAACCCUUUCCGCUGCCUUCAAAUCAUCGGAGAGAAACGCAGCGAUUUGGGAAGCUACCAAGCCGGCGAAGAGUCUACAUCUGCACUCAAACUAAAGAAUCUUUGUUCUCUUCACUCUCGCGGUCUCAGAGCGGCUGGCGCAGCUCUCUUCUCUUCACUCUCGCGGUUUCACGGCGGCCGGCACAGCUCUGUUCUCUUCACUCUCGCGGUUUCACGGCGGCCGGCGCAGCUCUCUUCUCUUCACUCUCACGGUCUCGCCCCUCUUCGGUUUCAGUUCUUAGUAUUUCAACUCAAUCAUCCAGUAGUUGCAGCGGUUUCCCAGUUUCAUCUGUUCAAUAUGGUAUUCUUUCCUGUUUGAUUAAUCAUUAACCCAUUAUUGUUCACCAGGCUUUCAUAAUGGUGUUCCCAAUUUAUUUUAUUGUUAAUCUAAUUGAUUAUUGAUCAUUGUUGAUUAUUAUGGAGUAUUAAUUUUCAGAUUUUACUUUUUCGGAUUAGUGUGAAAUUUCAUAACAGUGUGAACCAUUGAUUAAUUGAUCAUACUAGUGUUUGACUAUAUAUGUGAGAGUAGUUGAUUCUGGAAGCUUUAUUUUGAGACCGAAUCUAUGCCACAUUAGGCAAUAUAUAUUUUUACAUUUUUUAUUCUCAAGAUUAUUUUUCAGACCACCAAUCACCUGUCAGUUGCUUAAAAUGAAAUGUUCAUCAAUGAUAAUGGAAGCAGCCAGCAGGAGAAAUCCAUAUACAACAACAAC